AUGGGCGAGCCAUCAACUACAUGUUCCUUUGAGGAACUUAUCCAAUCAAAACUAUUUACGUUCUAUGUUGGGAAAGAAAAGAAGGCCUUCGUUGUUCAUUCUAAAGCAAUCGCCGCAACCUCAUGGCAUUUCCAUGCGCUUGUGAGCAAUGGCAUGGUGCAGUCGCAAGAGGGGUCUGUCGAGUAUCCUGACAUGGAUGCAUGUGAUUUUGCUCGCUUCGUCGAGUACGCCUAUCGUAAUGAUUACACUCCGCCUUCCUGGACCAUGGAUGAGAGAACCGUGGAGAACCGCAGCAUGAACGGAACUAUCCGCAAUGGCGAAGACGCACAGUCACCGACAAAGUCAGAGUUAGAGGAGCUGGAACUAGAAGUUCUGGAGGCUGAACAGACUCUGGCGGCUGGACAGGCUGAAGAGACUCUACGUAGUUCGGCGGUAGUAGCAGAAACCCUUGUUGGUCUUAAUCAAUAUACGGGGUUGAAAACAUUCAAAGCAAGAAGGGAAGCAAAGAUUAGGGAAAAAGCUGCCCGAGAGACUCAGUCUCUGCGCCAAAGCUUCGGCGAACGCCAGUAUCUCAUGCAGAAUGAGCCCCCAACGCAAAUACAGCUCGACUUUCUGCCUAAACGAAACUCUAAGCGCACUCAGAACUUCACGCCCAUCUUCCUAGCGCACGCGCGUCUCUAUACCUUCGCCUGCAUGCGCCUCGUUGACCCACUUAAGCGCCUGGCCCUACACAAGCUUCAUCGAACUCUUCUCCCGUUCAGACUUUACAGUCGACGAGUGGGCGAUGUGAUAGAUCUAGCUAGAUACGCGUAUGACCAUGGAGAGGACAGGAAGCCCGAUGGAACGAUUGAGGAUCUCAGGAAGCUAGUGGUUGAGUACAUAGUAUGUGAGGUGUCGACUAUUGGGAAGCACGAAGCGUUUGCAAUCCUGUUGCAGGAAGGUGGGGAAUUUGUGGUUGACUUUUGGAGUAUCAUUGCCAAGGAGGAUCUUGGUCUGUACGCGUAA